AUGCUUCAAAUGAGAUGGGAGGUGUUGGUAGCUCAGCCUCAAGGCGGGGAGGAUAUUAUUCGGCUCGGGCAAAUCCCAUAUUUUGCUACUCAGCACCUUCUCCCAGCCUUCCUUGGUCUCCUUCGAGCGCAGAAGGCCACCGAGAGUCUUGGCGGCCAAAGGAAGCCCUUUGCACUUCUUGGCCAGCCCAAGCCCGACAUCCCUCAGCUCGAGAACCUCAUCGAAGGACGUUCGCGCGUGCUGCGCCAGCAAGGACAGGCAGUUCUCGUCGGCCGUGCGCGGAGACCCAACCAUGGAGGCCACACUGGCGUUGCGGGUCGUAACUAUGAUCCUGCUACCAGGCAGCCCGAACUGGAACGGGCGGUACAGGGCAUCCCACCUCCCGUAGUCCUGGUUCCAAACGUCGUCUAG